AUGAGAAUAAUAACUAAGAGACUAACAUCAAAACUUGAUUUCUACCAAACAUGGGAGCCGGCAGGUUUCCGUACAGGUUACGGCGUGAAUGACCACCUUCAUAUACUCAAAGUCCUCAUUGAAAAGUGUGUUGAAUACAACAAACCACUAGUUCUCGUCUUCAAUUAUUACGAAGAGGCCUUUGACACUAUAGACCGUAGUGCAAUAUUUAGGGCUCUAGCCGACUGUAGAGUUGACGGUCGUUACACAGAUAUGAUAAGAAAUGUGUACGAAAAUGCAACUGCUUGCAUCAGGUUGCACGAAGAUACUCCAAACUUCAAGAUAGGACGAGGCGUUCGGCAGGGGGAUGUUAGUUCACCGAAGCUCUUCACAACCCUCUUGGAGUAUAUGUUCAAGAGUGCUACCGUUGAUGACUUUGGUAUAAACAUUAACGGCGAAAAACUUAUAUUAACCACCUACGCUUCCCUGAUGACAUAG